UCACUCCUCUCCAUAACUAAGCACAAUUUUGGGGAGAGAGAAACCCAAAAACUCCGGUACCCUUUUUCCGAUCAUCGUUGCCGGAAUCAUAAUCGGUAGGUUUUUCCGGCAUCUACGAUCGAAUCGGGUCUAAACCGUUUUGAAAUGGAUACGUACUGUUCGGAUUGCAAGCGGAACACGGAGGUGGUUUUUGACCACGCCGCCGGUGAUACGGUUUGCUCGGAGUGUGGGCUGGUGUUGGAAUCUCGUUCAAUUGAUGAAACAUCCGAGUGGCGUACUUUUGCUGAUGAGUCGGGUGGUGAUGACCCGAAUCGUGUUGGAGGACCCGUUAACCCGUUACUCGGUGAUGCGGCUCUGUCUACAGUGAUUUCUAAAGGGCCUAAUGGUAGUAAUGGAGAUGGUUCUCUUGCUAGGUUGCAGAAUCGUGGUGGUGAUCCUGACCGCGCGAUUGUUUUGGCUUUUAAGGCCAUUGCUACCAUGGCUGAUAGGUUGAGCCUUGUUUCUACUAUAAGGGAUCGAGCAAGUGAGAUAUAUAAGAGGCUUGAAGACCAAAAGUGUACUAGAGGCAGGAAUCUUGAUGCUCUGGUUGCUGCUUGUAUCUACAUUGCGUGCCGCCAAGAAGGCAAACCCCGCACUGUAAAAGAAAUAUGCUCAAUUGCCAAUGGAGCUAGUAAGAAGGAAAUUGGGCGAGCAAAAGAGUUCAUUGUGAAACAAUUGAAGGUUGAAAUGGGAGAAUCAAUGGAGAUGGGAACUAUACAUGCUGGGGACUAUCUGAGACGUUUUUGUUCUAACCUUGGUAUGAACCAUGAAGAAAUUAAGGUUGUCCAAGAAACUGUUCAGAAGGCUGAAGAGUUUGAUAUAAGGAGGAGUCCUAUAUCAAUUGCUGCAGCAAUAAUAUACAUGAUCACUCAACUUUCAGAUUCAAAGAAACCCGUUCUGCGAGCAGAUAUCUCAGUUGCAACCACAGUUGCAGAGGGGACAAUCAAGAACGCGUACAAGGAUCUUUAUCCUCAUGCUUCCAAAAUAAUACCAGAAUGGUACGUCAAAGACAAGGACCUUAAGAACCUGUGCAGUCCAAAGGCAUAAGAGUACCUUAGUCGUUGAGCUCUAUAAAUCUGCUAUAGGGCCUCAAGUCUGUAAGAAUUAUUCAAACAGAAAAAAACAUCAGACGCGGAGUUUUGGCUACCCUGUGUUCUGGAUUCACAAGGCACCGUAGGUCAUGUAGACCAGAGUAAACCAUAUUAUUUGCUUUUCCAUUUAUCUCUCCCCCUCCCCUAAAACACAAAUAGGUUCCAUUUUUUUUGAAUGUUACAGAUUUCAUAGGCCAUCGUCCAAUUUUUGUAUGGCUAAACAUUGUCAUGCAAAGUGAAAUGUUUUCGUUUAACGUAAGAUCCAUCAUUUGGUGAGUUUACUUCCGUUUUCAAACUAUGUUGCUGCUGUUUGUUUUUUGUAUUGAAAAUAUUCUCAUUAGCGAGAUA